CCGGCCAGCCAUGUCACCACCCGGCUGGGGUACUGACUCUGCCAUGGUCCACCCGCUCACUGUCCCUGUGUACACUUAUGAACCCUUCGACGACUACACUACGCUACGCUACGCUACGCUACGCGUGUAAUUGUACAUCAACUGCACACGUUUACGCAACAUUCCUCACGCAGACACACAACAUGUACAUUACAUUAUAUAUAUAUAUAUAUAUAUAUAUAUAUAUUUAUAUAUAAAUACCUACUUAGCAGACAGAGGACGCGCAGGCCUGUCCUCACCGCUCACCGCUCCCCAUCCCGACAUCAAUCUUUACUAAUCACUUCGCCAUUCAAUCCAUCCAUCCUCCCACCCAUCCUCCCGAGACCCCUCUCUGUACAUUGACCUCUGUAAUAUUUCCAUCAUCGCCAACAACACCCACAAUGUACUACAAGCCCAUGUUAAUCCGCACGUCUGCCUGAGGUCCAAUACAAUCAUCUCGGUGCCAAUGCCUGCCCUAUACCAAACUGAAAUCGUAUUGGUACAUAUUGCCUGAUGAGCCCGAGAUUGUUGCACACCGUCUAUCUCCUUGCCCUUACUUUUUUUUUUAAAAGUCAGCCACUUUGCUCUCCCCCCCCUCCGCGAGCCUGGGUGCACGUCUUGUGCUAGCCCUUUCCCACUCCCAACAUGCCUUCAGAUAUUGUCUUGCCUCUCUGCGAAAUGGUGCGCCUUGCUACCGUGCAUGAUCUCGAGCGCAUUGCCACGGUCGCUGCGGCCGGCUUCUAUCAUUCCCCAACGUUUAAAUUCCAGAGAAAAUACCACGCAAAGUACCCAGACGAUACGCUGCUCUCCUACAAGGCCGAGUACAGAGAUAGCAUCGUGGACCCGGAAUGUGUAGUCCUCGUCGCCGAAGACACUGUCAAAGACGUCGAAGGUCUCCAUGUCUACGAUGCUCUUCGAGGUGCCGUCACGUACAAGCCUGCAUCCAGCUUGAGCCGUGGCCGAAUUAUUGUGGGCGUGUCUAGCAUCUCCAUCGUGGGGUCGCGCUACGUCGGUCGCUUCCAGCCUGAGAACGUUUUGGAUGCAUCCGCGGCAUCCAGCCAUGUCCAAAGCCCGAAUCGCGAUGUCUGCCCAAAGGCAUCGCAGCUGUACAGUGCCAUGACUGGCCCCGCAAAGGCAAAGCAUCUCGCGGGUCAAAUGAGACUCAGCACCCUUGCAGUGCAUCCUGCGUACUGGGGCCGAGGACACGCUCAAAGACUUGUCCAUUGGUGUACACAGCUCGCGGAUUUGGAAGGGGUGCCCGUGGGCAUAUCCGCCGCACCCAUGGGGGCGAUUAUCGCCGCCAAAGCUGGAUUCGAACGCCAGGAGCUCGUGCGAAUCGACCCGGGAAGCACCAACGAGUCGACACCAUGCGAGGAAGAUGCCCCUGUUGACGGCUGUGUACUGUGGGUGGCCGUACGAAGGCCCAGGUCGCUGUCUCCGUCGUCAAACGAGAGCGCCACAAGCCUUAGCCCAGGAGAAUAAGUC